AUCUCCUGGAUCUAUCAUGAUUUGAAAUUGCCUAUCAUUUUAACUCUUUCCUAGAGAAGCACCAAACACAAUUAUGAUCGGUGCGACGAGGCGCUGGUUCCAGCGCAAUCGCAAAGGUCUUGCAAUCGGGGCUGGGGUGAUAGGAGCCGGCUACUUGGCCGGACAAUAUGUGUUAUCCAAGAUCUCCGAGGCACGGGAGCGCAUGAGCAGCGAUCGGAUUGCCCGCGAAAAUCUGCGCCGACGAUUCGAACAAAACCAAACCGAUUGCACAUACACUGUCCUUGCCUUGUUGCCGACCGCCGCCGAGAAUAUUAUCGAUGCUCUCCCAGUUGAGGAGUUGACCAAGGAGCUGCAGCAAAAGCGAGCGGAGAGGUUGGCUCGAUUGAAUGCAGGCGAGGCAACUGGGUCAGAUCUGAGCUCAGUAGCCCCGAGUCUGCCGGACGAUGAUCGGAGGAGCCUCUCCAGUUUCCAGAGUGAGGGAUAUGUGCACGCAAGUCAGAUCGGGGACUCUGCUCUGAACUCGGACGGACAACCUCGGCCCAAACGGAACAAGACACAGUUAUGGAAUGAGGUGAAGAUUACCUCUGUCACUCGGUCUUUUACUAUGGUCUACACUCUCUCCUUGCUCACCGUCUUCACUCACAUCCAACUUAACCUACUCGGCCGCCGGAACUACCUGUCUAGCGUGAUCUCCCUUGCUACCCCACCUGUCAACGCCUCGACAAUCAGUCUUGAAGACCACGAUGAUGAGCUCACUCAAACAUUGGGCGAUGACUUCGAGACCAACCGACGUUACCUCGCCUUCAGUUGGUGGCUGCUUCACCGCGGGUGGAAGGACGUGAUGGGAAGGGUGCAAUCUGCCGUCGAGGAAGUAUUUGGACCUUUAAAUCCACGUGAGGAUAUCAGUUUGGCCAAGCUCUCUGAGUUGACCUUGCAAAUCCGAAAGAAGGUGGAAGGCAGCACCGAGGACGAGCGACGGUCUCAAAAAUGGCUUUCUUGCUUGCUUCCCCCAGCAGAGGAAGAGGAACAUGUCUUACGCGAGUCAGGCGUGGAAGGCGUAGCUGACCCGUCCUCUUCCCAGACAGCGUCGAAGCUACGACACCUCCUGGAUGAGACAGCAGAUUUGAUUGACUCUCCCUCUUUCUCCCUCGUCCUUACACUUCUUAACAACGAGGGAUUCUCAACCCUUAUCGACCAAAGAUGUGCCGCUGACGCCUUCAAGGCGCCCACCUCCGCACCGGAGACUGCUCUGCAAUCCUUUGAUUCAAUCGCCACUGUUGUGCCCCUGGCUGCCAACUCCGAGCGUAAGACAAAGCUUGCCAACCUCCUGGCUGUCAUGACUCGCCAGGCACACGUGAUUGGCAAUGGUGCCCACCCACCAAAUGAGUAUCUGGUCGCCAUGGACCAGAACGUGCGUGAGCUUGAGGCCUUCUCUGCCGUGGUCUAUAGCUCGAACUUUGACCUCGAGCUCCUUGGUGCUAAGAACAACGUCGUACCAACCAGGGAGACGGAUCUGGUCGAUAAUGAAACUGCUUCAUCAUCUUUUUCCCAGGUGAUAGUUGAGAAGGAAGUUGAAGCUGAUUUAAAGGAGGAGAUCAUUGAACCACAACCAUGCAGUGUCGUGCCCGAUGAACCUGCCUUCAAUACGGCUGAGCCUGAGCCUUUGGCGGACUCAGCCUUUGAAGAGGCUUGGGGCAAGGCCACGGAUGAUGGGAACACCUCCCCAACAGAAGAAAACCAGCCAACACAGUAA